CUUCUACCCCAAAUCAUUAUCAAUUACAGGAGACACGAUACUGAAGGUCUACAAGGGUCAAUGAUGCUUCUAUGGACUGCGGCAGAGGUCCCUCUCGGGAUGUAUAACAUCGUGGAAGAGUUUAAUGUGGCGUUAAGAAUACAGCCCCAGAUUCUUACAGCCUUGAGUCUUAAAUAUUCUGUCACAAAGUGCAUUACCGCCGUCGCUCCCCUUCUUCUUACUUUCGGUGGCAUCGAAACUGGGCUGAUAUUUGCGUUGAAAGCAGCUAAAUCUCAUGGCUCAGAGUUGCCUCUCAUAUUACUGGCUGUUUUAAGCGCAUGUCUGCUUGUAGCAGGAGUACCGACGCAUUACUGGGACAUCUAUGUUCAUCGAACUGUAUGA